AUCGUAUUAACAAAUACAGCGGAGGGCUUUGCAGGCUCAGAUGUCUCUACAGGCUGGGAAACCUUCAUGCAGGCACUCGGCUACUUCCUGAAGAUGUUCUUUGGGUCGGCCGCUUUGGGCACACUCACUGGUCUCAUCUCUGCUAUUGUUCUGAAACACUUCGACCUGAGGAAGACUCCGUCUCUGGAGUUUGGGAUGAUGAUUAUAUUUGCAUACCUGCCGUAUGGUCUCGCCGAGGGCAUCAAACUCUCCGGUAUCAUGGCCAUUCUGUUCUCCGGUAUUGUCAUGUCUCAUUAUACUCAUCAUAACUUAUCGCCAGUCACUCAGAUUCUCAUGCAGCAGACGCUUCGAACCGUGGCCUUCAUGUGCGAAACAUGUGUGUUUGCGUUCCUGGGCUUGUCUAUCUUCAGUUUCCCUCAUAAGUUCGAGCUGUCGUUUGUCAUCUGGUGUAUAGUUCUGGUUCUCGUCGGUCGGGCUGUGAAUAUCUUCCCCCUCUCCUUUCUGCUCAACUUCUUCAGAGAUCAUAAAAUCAACCCCAAAAUGAUGUUCGUCAUGUGGUUCAGUGGUCUGCGGGGGGCGAUCCCCUACGCGCUCAGCCUUCAUCUGGGUCUGGAGCCCAUAGAGAAGCGGCAGCUGAUCGGCACCACCACCAUCGUCAUCGUGCUCUUCACCAUCCUGCUGCUGGGGGGCGGGACCAUGCCCCUCAUCCGCAUCAUGGACAUCGAGGAGAGCCAAUCACGGCGCAAGAACAAGAAAGACAUCAACUUGAGCAAAACGGAGAAAAUGGGUAACGCCAUUGAAUCUGAGCAUUUGUCGGAGUUGACCGAGGAGGAGUAUGAAGCUCAGAUUUUUCAGAGGCAGGAUCUGAAGGGCUUCCUGUGGCUUGAUGCCAAGUAUCUGAACCCUUUCUUCACCCGUAGACUUACACAAGAGGACCUGCUGCAUGGGCGGAUCCAGAUGAAGACACUCACUAAUAAGUGGUAUGAGGAGGUGCGUCAGGGUCCGUCCGGCUCUGAGGAUGAGGACGAUGAGGCAGAACUGCUCUGAGACAAUCUUAUGAGGAGAGAUGUGGCUGAAUCAGAACUCAGAUGAGCCAUUCUCACAUCAUGUGGCACCAAGUAUACGGACUGAACCGCACCGUGAUGGGCCUCUUUGGUUUCACACAGAAAUAAAUGAGGAAAUGAACAGGCGUAUAUGUGGUGCAAAAGGCCUGGGAUUGUUAUAUGUAACAAAAGAAUAAAGAUGGAAGGCUAAAGAGAAUUUGAGGCAGAAAAAAAAAAAUUAACAGCAAUAUUGAACACAUUUCUGUCAUUUUUUUUAUAGGUUGAAACACCGUAAUGUAACACAAUAUUCUUGCACUACGUUUUUUUUUUUGGUGGUUUCGUUUCACAUACAGGCAAAUGACACCAAUGAAUGUUUGUGUUCUGUAAUUAAUUUAACAAACAUAACCUAUUUUUCUUUCUAUGAAAUAUUUAUUUGUGUUGUCUUUAUAAAUGGGAGUAAAAGAGUAUUUUAUAAUGUAUCUCGACACUGUAUUUUGUAGCAGACUUGAGUUUAUAAUUAAUUCUAAUGAAGUUGUGAAUGAAGGAAUUAUAUCUGUGCAUUAUUCAUGUGUUGUAUGCACAAAGCUGCAGUGGGAAAGUGGUGUAAAAAAACAUGCGAAUAAAUGAUGGAUUCCAGUAACU